AUUUGUCUAAUUUUACUACAGUAAAUUCUUAUAUUGAUUUAUUUCAUUUAAAUUUGCAUUUUUAUUGAGAUAAAAGUCAUUACGUAACAUAUUGAAAAUAUUAUUUGUCGGAAAACGCAUUUGUUGUUUGUUAACCACAGAAAUACAACUCUGUAAUGGCGGGCAACCGUGUCGAAGUGUUUUCCAUAUUUUCAAUCUGGUUUUAAUUUGUAAUAAUGUUUCUUGAAUAAUUAGAAUCAUGAGGCAGUUAGACUUGUGUCGGUGUUGUCUCGCAGUUGGCUGUGACAAAGACAUUUCGGAGGAAUACGAGGAAGAUGGACGCAAGGAAGUGUAUUCCGAUAUGAUGUUAGAUACGUUCAAUAUUUUUAUAUCCAACGACGAUGUGGGUGGCAAGUGCCAGAUCUGCGAGGACUGCAUCUUACGUCUGCGGGAGGCUUCGGCGUUCAAGGCUCAGGUCAUAGGAGCCGGGAAGGCCAUCUCGCAGAAACUGAAGAAUACGAAGAUGGAGUCGGAGGAUGAUGAAGCAGAAGAGGUGGUAAAAGAGGAACACAUAAAGGUGGAAGAAUGUGAGGUGGAGCUUUCCUAUGAGGGCUUCGAUUUCACACAGUUCACUGAGAGCAACGAUGAUGAUGAGAUCUACAUCAUAAAGCUGGAGGACGGGUCCUGCGUGGCGGGCGCCGGCGACGAGAUGCGGAGCCUCCUGGACCCGGAGUUAGCGAGCCCUAAACGUAAAGUUGCCCCUAAACCGAGAAAAGAGAAACAAAAGAAGACACAAACCGAUGUGACUCAACGGCACCUUGAUAUGCGUUCCAACUCUCUCAAGCUAGUCCGGAACUCCAACAUGUGCCUCUUUAAAGCCGGACGAGCCAAGUUCAGCUGCCACUACUGCUUCCAAUCAUACCCCGACAUAGCACAACUUCGAGAUCAUUCACAAACACACUCGCAUACUAAAGAAUUCAACAUCAAAAUCAAUCCGGUCUCACAUCUAUGCUACAAAAAGGUAGACAUCUCCUCGCUUCACUGCGCUAGGUGUCUCGAACCUUGCAACACCAUCGAAGACUUACAAGAACACCUAACAGUCAUCCAUGAUUUCAAUUUCACCGAUGAUGGACACUUACUAAUACCUUUCAAACUAGAUAAAGGUUUCUACUGCGCUAUAUGUAGCUUACUUUGCAAUACUUUCGCAUAUCUAAGUAUGCAUAUGAAUUCUCAUUUCCCUAACUACGUCUGUGAGACCUGCGGGGCUGCUUACAUAAACUUCAAGAACUUAGACGUACAUAGAAGAGUUGUACAUUUAAGGAAAUGCAAACAAUGCUUACAAGAUAAAUGUACGUGUAAGGAAGUUAAAAUCACCGGACGGCAGAAUUCACGAAAGUGCCUAGAGUGUAAUAUUACUUUUAAGUAUUCUUAUUUAUAUAAAGAACAUAAUUAUCAAGUACACGGUGCAAAAAGACCUUUAGCAACUUGUGAUGUGUGUAAUAAAAUAUUUUUAACACCAAAUAACUUGAAAUUACAUAUACGUAGAAUACAUAAUGCUGAAAGAAAUCAUAUAUGUGGGAUAUGUCAUAUGAGUUUUUUCACAGCACAUGGUAUGAGAAAACAUAUAAGAAGGACGCAUACUGAUGUGGAGAUAAAACCAUAUGCUUGUGAACACUGCGCGUGCAAGUUUAAAAUGAAAUAUUCGUUGAGUAAGCAUUUGAAGAACCGUCAUGGACGCAGGAUGGAUGGAAGGCUGUUUAGUGAAGGGUUGACUUUGGAGGCGAUGCAUAAUACGGCCGUUUGAAAUUAUGACCUGAGAAAUGUGCUAAUUUAGAACUAGUGCGGAAAAAACACCAUGUCUACUGAAAUAGUACAUUGUGUAUUAAGGGCGGAAAGUGAAGGAUUACGAACGAGAGGCUGUUAGAAGCCGCCCUUGAUAUAUGGGUAUUUUCAAAAAUUGGAACCCAAAAAUUGUAAAAAUUAACUCGAUGACGAUUUUGUGACGACAAUUAAGAAUAAAAUUGAUCUAAAAACCAACUUUUUUCAUGUUAUAAAUGAAGAAUAUUGCUACACACAAAAGCAAUAUUUUUGUCGUCACAAAACUGACAUCGAGUUAAUUUUUGUUAACAACGUUCACUAAUUUUGGGUCCCACACACACACAAUCACGCCUGUAUCCCAUAAAGGGGUAGGCAGAACACAUGAAACUACUAAAGCUUCAGUGCCACUCUUGGCAAAUAAGGGGUUGAAAGAAAACGAAACUGUGACAUUGCAGUCCCAAUCUUUGAAAAUGCCCAAUACAUCAUGUUUUUAUCCCAGUCGCGAAGUAAUAACCAAAAUUUCAACUAAAUGUAUUGAAUUACCUACGCUGACAUUUCGAACAUUCGUCUAUCAUGUAAUUUUUGACAGGUCGUGGAAGG